GUUUUCACAGAUGUCAAAACUGUAGAUAUUUUACCCGCGUUUAAAAGUGGUUGAUAAUGUUUGAACUCUAGCAUAGCGAUUUUUAUCAUGUAUAUAGAAGACUUGAAAACGGAUUUUUACGAGUUUUUGUCCGGAAAGCGAAUACUGUUGGUCGUUCAUUAUGACAUCGAUAGCAUAUGCGCUUGUAAGAUUCUGCAGUCGUUAUUAAAAUACAAACACAUAGUUUACACUCUCUCAGUGGUCCAGGGCAUUAGUGAUUUGAAACAGGCCUAUACAGAACAUUGUGAGGAUGUUAAAUUCUUUGUGUUGAUAAAUUGCGGAGGUACUAUUGACAUCAUUGAAGAACUGGAAGCCAAUGACGAUGUUGUUUUUUUUAUCUUGGACAGCCACAGACCAAUUGAUUUGUGCAACAUUUACUCAAAUGGACAAGUGAGGUUGCUACACACGUCCGAGGAAGACGCUUUAGUACCUGAUUUUAAUGACAUAUUCAGAGAAGAGUCUGAGGCAGAAUCUGAAGAUGCUGAUGACAAUGGCAGCGGUGAUGAAGAAAGCAGGACAGCAAAAAGAAGAAGGUUAGAUGAGCAAGCUAUUAUGAAACGACGAGAAAAAAGACUGUGGGAAGAAAACAGAAAUAAGUUGUUGUUUGACUAUUCCCAAUUCACCUACUAUGCUAGAGCAAGUGCCAUUUUGAUGUUUGAACUUGCCUGGAAACUAAGUAAAGAUGAUAAAGACUUGUUGUGGUUAGCAAUAGUUGCUUUGACUGAGCAACUCUUGUUGGGAAAAAUAGAAUCCACACAAUAUACUCUUGAAUUGGGCAAUUUACAAGCACACUGCACGAGACUUCACAACAGGGCUAAUGAUGCUGAUGUUCAAACAUCACUGAAAAUACAUUUCGAAAAAGAUUUGAAGUUAAUGCUUUACAGACACUGGACAGUGGAGAGUAGUAUCAAAUUUUCCACUUUUACAGCUGUAAGAAUGAAGCUUUGGACCCUUCGAGGUGACAAGAAAAUCCAUGAGCUAUUGGCUGACAUGGGGUUGCCUCUUGUGCAGAGUCGACAGGCUUUUAAGUCAAUGGAUUUGCAGCUUCGCAAAGAGUUUCAUACUUCCCUGGAAAAGCAAUCUGUGAAGUAUGAUCUACAAGAUAUUGAAUUUGUAUCAUUUAUAUUACAAUAUGGUUACCGCAAUAAGUACUGUGCGUCCGAUAUAGUUUAUGCAUUGCUCGCCAUCCUUGAAGCAUCACCCAGAGAGAAGAAAUGUGGAGAGUUGUUUAAUCAAGCUUUGGACUGUUUGUCCAGAACCAAAACUGAAGUUAUCACCAAUGCUAUUGAACGGGCCAAAAUUGUGAUAAAAACUUUAUUUAAAACGGUUCAGGGAGCGGUAGAUAUGAAACAAAUUAUAAUGGCUGGACCAUUUGUUUAUUACAUAAUACAGGAGGGUUGUUUAGAUUGGUAUAUGCUCUCCCAUCCUCAUAUACUGCUGUUGCUGGCCCAAUUUAUAUUGCAGGCGUAUGUGUGCAUGUCCAGAAACAGGAAAGCAUCAACUCUACCUCUAAUAGUGUCUGCGCCUCGGGACUUAGAGAACAACACGUGUAUAUUGGUGGGAAUACCACCUUUGUGUGAAAAUUCUCCCAAAAAUUUUUUCGGCAAGGCUUUUGAACAAGCAGCCGAGAGGAUGAACUGUGAAGCGAGCUGUGAUUUUUUCGACACAUCAUAUUUUGAAAUUCACGCGAAAGAUCGGACCAGGUUUUUUGACGCUCUGGCUGCACUUUUGAACUAGAUAGAAAGACGACCGCCAGAUAUUCUAUUCUCAGUGAGAAUGUAUUACCACUAUUUUUAUAAAAUAACAUUUCAAUGUAAAUAUUUUAUUUAUUAUUGUACAAAUAGUUAAGUCAGUUAUGCGGUGUAAAUAAAAUUCGAAUAU